GUUACAAACCAUUAAAAAAAAGGAAGAAGCGAAAACCACUGUUUUGAAAGAAACGGAGGUUAAGUUUGGGUGACAGUGGAUAAGAGCGACGAGAGAGAGAGAGACAAUGCAAAUUGCAGCUGCCAACUUCUUUCUUUCUGCAAACCCCAAGGCUGUAUAUCAUAAGCAGACAACAGAUUACUUUACUCCAAACCUCACUUGCACAAGUGUAUCUUUUCCCAGUCAAAUUAAAUAUGGUAGCAGCAAAAUUUCCCUGAGUAAAAAUAACAGAUAUCUUCCAGCUGCUUGUGCUGUGUUAUCAGAAAAUGCGAGUGUUUCAUCUUCUCAGUUUGAAGACUUCUCCGUCACUAAUGUUACCAAUACAACUGAGAAUAAAGAACUAAAGAUUCGUGUUGAGGUGUCAGGAACCAAAACUCGAGCAAUUUUCAACGUCGUGUUUGACAGAAUGGUUGCUGAAGCCCAACCUAUUCCAGGUUUUAGAAGAGUGAAAGGAGGUAAUAUCCAGAGAAAGACGCCAAAUAUACCCCGAGACAUUCUAUUAGAGAUACUGGGACCUUCUAAGGUGUACAAACAAGUUAUUAAGGAAGUUAUCAACUCUACUGUUGCUGCAUAUGUGGAAAAGCAGGAAGCUCUAAAAGUGGGUAAAGACUUGAGAAUAGAUCAAAGCUAUGAGGAUCUUGAAGACCAAUUUGAACCAGAUGAAAAGUUCUUCUUUGAUGCCAUUAUUCAGCUCAAGGAAUCAAACUGAACUACUAAAUUAACAUACAUCUUGAAGACCAACUUUUUGUUAACAUACAUUCACUCAAACUCGAUGCAAUUUUGCUAGGAAUCUCCAAAUUAGGUUGUCCAUUAUUUGUUUGUUUUGGCAGAGGGUUAUCAUCAAUUCAACCAAAAUGAUAGCAUGUUGGAGCUUUUAACCAAGUAGUUUUUUUCUUAGAAAACUACCCUAUUGGUUCGUAUACUUUGAACAUUUUAGUAUUUGUACUUUCAAUUUUUCAAUCAUAGACCUAUAGUAUAUCUCAA